AUGGAAGCGCUUUCCCCUCGCUCAACGAAUCUUCCUCUGCAGAACAAACCGUCUGCAGCGCAUAAAAAGGUGGAUCGUCACGCCCCUCCGGCUGCUGCGGCCGCAAAGGCCGCUCCUUCUAAAAUCCAUGCGCCGCCACCACCUUCGAUUGUGAGGGAGCCUGGGGAAGAUGGCGAGGAAUAUUCCACGGGGUUGUUCCUCGGGAAGGGAGGUUUUGCGGUCUGUUAUGAAGGAAAGCUUGCGCGCAAUGGCCGGGUGUUUGCGCUGAAAGUUGUUCGGUCGGAGAUGACACAAAAGAAAAUGGCAGAGAAGUUUCGAACUGAACUCGAGAUUCACUCUAAAUUGCGACAUCCGAACAUCGUCCGCUUUCACCGCGCAUUCGCUUUUUUUGACUGUACAUACGUUGUCCUUGACUUGUGUCCUAACGGCUCUGUGAUGGAUAUGGUUCGAAAACGAAAGUCUUUGACAUUGCCUGAAGUGCGACGAUUCAUGAUACAGCUUUGCGGCGCCGUGAAAUACCUACAUAAGCGAAACGUGGCGCAUCGUGAUCUCAAGAUGGGAAAUCUAUUUUUGGAUCGCAAUAUGGACAUCAAAGUUGGUGAUUUUGGACUGGCAGCCAUGAUAUUGUCGGAAAAGGAGGCAAAGCGGCGACAAACGCUAUGCGGCACUCCGAAUUAUAUUGCGCCAGAGGUUAUUGAUAGAAGUAAAGGAGGACACAAUCAAAAAGUGGACAUUUGGUCCUUGGGUGUGAUCUGUUUCGCCAUGCUUGCAGGCUUUCCGCCAUUCCAAUCCAAAACUCAAGAAGAGAUAUACAAAAAGGUCAAGAACUUAAAUUACGUCUGGCCAAAAGACAACGAAUGCGCGAAUGAUAUUCCGAUAGAGGCCAAGACCCUUGUCAGCUCUUGCUUGAACUUGGAUGAAGAUAAACGACCUUCGGCAGAUGAUAUUGUCGACCACGAGUUUUUCAACAUGUAUCCCGGCUGCAUUCCUCGUUCUCUCGAUCCCUCGUGCAAACAGAUGAAACCGGUCUGGUUGAAGAUGGAGGAACCGCAAGGAGAUCGAAUGAUACAGGGUUAUAGCUUGGAUCACGAAAGCAAAUACCGAAGCAAAGCGGCACAGAUUAAGGAUCCUCGAGAACGAUACGCAUUUUGCAGAGAGGCGUUUUAUAGUGAAUGCGGUGUUGGGUUCAGACGAGAUGGAAACCCUCGUAAAUGCGCGGGCAAAGGUUCAUCCAAAACCGUCUUUUCAGAAACAUCCGCAGAAACAGACAAGGGCCUUUCGCCUGUUAUUCCCCUACCGCCAGACCUGGUUUAUAAAUAUCCGGCCUGGUCUGACGGUGAUUGGAGUGUUCCCGAUAAUGCCGUCCCAUCCGUGACCGACUUUAGUGAUUCUAACAGCUCGGAUGAUAGCAAUGAGCGAUCAGCCCCAUUAGACUCACCGGAAAAGAUGAAUUCAGCUUCUCUCGCACGAACGCAAGCAGCCCUGGCUGCAGCGCAAUCGCGGCGGUUGGAUGCGCAACCGAAGAGUCAUGCGGCCACACUUCGUCAACAAGCACUGCCUCUUCGCACCUCCAGUCGAAAUGCUGCCACAAUGCGAGCUCCGCCAACUACAGCUACAACGACCACGCAUAUGACGCGGAACCCGUCUGGAUCUCGUGAUUUACCACCUGAAUCUCCUCCCAAAGGCUUGGCUCAAAAGCCUGUAAGGAUUCCCCGAGGGGUUGCCGCGUCAUAUUCGGCGUCAAUUCGAGAUCUCGACAGGCUUGUUGCACCCCCGAUGCCCAAAUCUGACAGCGUCCCCGACAAUCUUGGUAUGGGUAAAACGCGGUCGCAAUCGCGUCGCCAGUAUGAGGCAGCUAUGGAUAGACCUCCUCUAGGACCUUUCAGUCAGGACGAAGUACGGUCGGCUACUCCCUUGAACGAUGAGAUUGUUGCCAAACCGUCUAGAUCGAGACAUAUGCGGGCUCCAGGCUCGGUACAACCGGAGAACCGGUCAGAAAGUCCAGUGGAACAACAACAGCGAUUCAAGACCUCAAGGCCACUACCUGCAGAUACCGCGCAAAGCCAUGCACGAAACUCCAGCAAAUCUAGCACGUCUUCCAACAAACCUCGGUCAACGCUUGGCGUUAGUUCGCUUAUACAUCCGAGUGAGAAAUUCGAAUUGAUACCUCGAUCUUCUCCUGAAGACGUCGUCGUGGACAUCAAGCUCAUGCUGCAGAAUAUGACGCUGCUUGCGUCGCGAACAUACCGGUCUCAAUCCAAACGUCGUCCCCAUUCAUACGUCAUCAAAUGGGUUGAUUAUACAAAUCGAUAUGGCAUUGGGUAUAUACUUGACGAUGGCACUGUAGGUUGUGUUUUCAAAGGAGAGCAUGGCCAAGCUGCGAGUGGGGUUAUUUUACGAGACGGAGAGAAGCAUAUUCGACGCAAGUCUCGAUGUCUGGAAAAUCGAGAUCAAUAUCCCUACCCGGAGGUCGAUCAGUUGGUACCACGGACUGGAAAGCCCGUGGAGUUCUACGAGAAUAUAGAGCAAAGGUCUGCAGAUGUUCGUGGCAUGAAACGUAUUCUUGUACGACCAGAGGUCUUUGAGGUCAAGGCCUCCAGUAGCGGAAACGGGGCUAUGGGGAUUAGGGUCAGGACUGACGUUGGACCCGACCAAGCCAAGUCAGAGGCAGAAAAGGUGAAGAGAGUGAAAUUGGUCGACCAAUUCGGCAAGUACAUGAUUGGAUCUUUGGGACGACAUGGAGCGGAUAACCUCAAUGACGAUCUAAGCUCGUCAAAAGAUUCAGAUGUCUGCAUCAAAUUCUACCAGCGGUUGGGAAAUGUUGGCGUCUGGGGAUUUGGUGACGGCGCUUUUCAGUUCAACUUCCCCGACCACACCAAACUUGUGAUUUCACAUGGCAAAAGCAGAGCCUCGUCCCCAUGGGUCGACUUUUACCAUCUCUCCCCAUCUGCAGCACGAUACUUAGCUGCCAAAGGCAAAAUGCAUCCGUCUGGCUUUGAUACUCGCGCUGUUGCUUCCGACGAAGCAGCUACAUUCCUGGCCGUAGCCAACGACACGACCGAAAAUCUCGCUGAUGACCGAUUACGCGACGUCCUCCAGGCCAAUGGGUUCGUGCGCAAGAUGAAAUUCGUCAAAGAAGUUCUUAGCACCUGGGUUUAUUAUGGCCGUCUUGGAGGUCGACCACCCACACCUGCCACCACAACGGGCGCCAGUGCGCAACCAACAGAGAUCUUCUGGGAGGGUCCACAGGAACGUCCAUCCAGUGGAGUAGGAAAAUACGUCUGGGUCACUGUGGGCGCUCAAGGUGGAGAUGGAGAGUAUAUCUGCAUGGCACCUAAUUCCCCCGCUGGAAUUGAUCGAGAAGCUGGUCUUGCUUCUUCAACAAAAAUCUCACCGCAGAAACAACGACACCAACAACUACAAAAUGGAGCAACCCAACGACCGGACAGGACUAUGCGAGGAGGUAUAGAGAGGACGUAA